UCGAGAAUGCUGGUUUGUUUACAUUGUUGGCAGUGGCCAGGAAUGGUGAGAGGCCGAGAUUCUGAACACGUACACAUUCAACUGGUUUUACAAAACAGGCCGUCUCCAUAACUUUUACCAGUGGUAGGAUACGUUACCACGCGAGGCCGAACAUUUAAACCUGAGCGCGACCUUGAGAAGAAAAGGAAAGUCAUAUCAAAGAGAACCGCCUUCGUUAUCCGAAGACAUUGAACUUAAAGGAAUACAGUACAGUAGCUAGAGGCUCCCAAUUCCUUGCGUGUGAGGGAUCAAGUUCCUGUCACCAUGGACAUGGACGCACAGCCACAAGGACAGCACGCAGCCGUGCCCGUGUUCCAGUCUCAGAAGCCACUGCAACCGGACAUGGGCCACAACACCCUGGCCAACUUCCAGAUCGAGAAGAAGAUCGGCCGGGGUCAGUUCAGCGAGGUGUACCGGGCCAGAUACCUGCUGGACAACACCUCCAUGGCUCUGAAGAAAGUCCAGAUAUUCGACUUGAUGGAUGCCAAGGCUCGCCAAGAUUGCAUCAAAGAGAUAGAUCUCCUCAAGCAACUGAACCACCCUAACGUGAUUAAGUACCACGCGUCGUUCAUCGAGGAGAACGAGCUGAACAUCGUGCUGGAGCUGGCUGACGCAGGAGACCUCUCCCGGAUGAUCAAGCACUUUAAGAAGCAGAGGAGGCUGAUUCCAGAGAGGACAGUGUGGAAGUACUUUGUCCAGCUGUGCAGCGCGCUGGAGCACAUGCACUCUCGCAGAGUCAUGCACCGAGAUAUCAAGCCUGCCAACGUGUUCAUCACGGCGACAGGAGUGGUGAAGCUGGGAGACCUGGGUCUGGGCCGCUUCUUCAGCUCCAAGACCACCGCCGCACACUCCCUAGUGGGCACACCCUACUACAUGUCCCCAGAGAGGAUACACGAAAAUGGAUACAACUUCAAAUCUGACAUCUGGUCGCUAGGAUGCCUGCUGUACGAGAUGGCAGCCCUACAGAGUCCGUUCUACGGGGACAAGAUGAACCUGUACUCCUUGUGUAAAAAGAUCGAACAGUGUGACUACCCCCCUCUACCCUCUGAUCACUACUCUGAGGAGCUGAGGAAGUUGGUGGACAUGUGCAUCAACCCAGACCCAGAGAAGAGGCCGGACAUCACCUACGUGUACGACAUCGCCAAGCACAUGUACAACCAGACCCUGGGGAGCUAAACCUCCCUCCUUCUCCUCCUCCUCCUCCUCCUCCUCCUCCUCCUCCUCCUCCUCCCUCACUUCCCCAACACCUCCACACGUCUCCUGUAGAGUCUGUCGUUCUGUCAGACAGAGCUGAUGGAGCUCCCAGAGAUGGCCACGCCCCCCCCCCCACCCCCCCUCCCAAUGCACGCUGGGUAAAUGAAGAGCAAUCAGAUGAUUGGAUGUAUUUCUCCUAGGAACCUCCCUUUUUUUUCCUUUUUUUUUUCUUUGUUUAAGACCUUCUAGUUGUGCGAUGUUUGUCGUGUUGUUCAUCUCAACCUAACUGCAGGCCGGCACAGUGACCUUAGAUACACUAUAGACAUGCACACUUACCCCUUCAGUGCCUCUCGUAGCUGAGUGCUCUGAAAUCACACGUGCAUAUGCAGACAUUAGCAAAGGAAACUGUUCCCACAGUAUUUAAACACAGAUGCGUCAGAAUGUUAGUGUAGAGAUAUGUUGUGCUCGAGUAUAGUAACGCGAUCGUCCAAAAUGAUGUUUUAACCGUUAAAACGUUUGCUGCGCUGCACUUUAACCCCGGUACUGAAAAUCUGGAGGUUGUUGUCAAGUGAAUGUAUCCCCCCCCCCCAAAAAAAAAAGGAUCAUGUUGAAUGCCACGUGUGAAGCAGUAGUCGUCUGUGAGACUGGUCUGGGGCGUGGUCAAGGGACGGUAGGUUACAGGGUGUGCGAUGGCUUCAGCGUAUGUGUUUAGAUCUUUGUGACAGCGCCGUCCCUGAAUUGAAAGAAUAAAAACAUGUAGGAAUUAUAAUAAUUCUUUUUUUAAGCCUUGUCCGUUCGACAAACUACCAAAGACGCAGAGAGCCCAGAGUGGUUGGUAUGGUUGAUAUGUGUAUCUGUGUGUGUCCUACAGCCAUACAGUAUAUCUAAGACUUCUUCCUAGCCGUCAGUGGACACAGUCUGGCUUCCUGCGCAGAGGAACCCCUGCUAGCUGGACGUCCAACAUAGUUGGAUGUAGGUUCGCUGUGUUCUGGAGUUGGUCUGUAUCUCGCGUUUUAAACACAGGAAGAUGUUCCUGUCUCGGUUUUACAGUGGGUUGGUGACAGUGGGUUGGUUUACAGAUCAAGGUGGGGAUAACCUAAGUUUGAGGUUAGUGUUUUAGGUCGAGGUAGUUUAGCCCAGCAGAAGGUACGUUAGCCCAAGGUGACCCUGCGGUAUGCUUGUCAUGUUUAACGACUGCCUACUGGCUUUGGUGUGGAGUCAGUUUACUAAUUUGUGCAUUUAGUGUCAUCUAGUUUAUCAUAACGGUUGUUCUGGGAAUUAAUUUAGAAAUGGAUCAAAAAAUUACUUGACGGCCUUUAGGGAAAUAUUUUUUUUAUUUUUUUAUUUGCACAUCUUUGUUGUUUUUUGUGGUCCCCAGAUAUUCUGGUAUGUCCAAUUUCACUUUUUUAUUGACAUUAAUGUCUGUCCCAGCUAAGUCUGUGGAUUCUUACAACUCUUGUGCCUUGUUAAUGCUGGCUUUACAGCAGCUGUAAAAGAGCUUUGCUCAUGACAUGAAUUUACAAUAACACUUAAUCAGAGUGACAAAGCACCAUCGUCACCUCAUAGCAAAUGUUGCUAAAAUCCUACCAGAUGCAAAAUGGUGUUUAUUUUUUAUCAUACGAGAUAGAUUAGAUAUUUAGAUCUGAAUAACAUUGCAAAUAGAUUUGUUUUAUGUUGUGUGUUAUAUCCCCCCCCUGCAUAAUCCCGCCCCCCUCAGCCUUAGGAACGCUUUCCUGUCCUGCCUUACUUUCGAUCUAUCAGCCUUAAAGAAGAUGAUGUUCGGCUUUGUUUUGUUUGUUGUCGCUGCAAACUAAUAUUGUUUACUCGUUCAGUCGCCCUUCAUGUGUCACAGGGAGAAGAGGAGACUCAUCAGAUAUUUGUUUCUCGUUAGGGGAAUGUGAUGAUCGUGACAUCAACACAACACACUCAGAUACACGCUCACAAACACUAACACAUGGAUACAUACGCCAUCACAUAGAUGCAUACACACACACAUAUACACACACUGCUAGUUUACUGAUCCAUUCUGAUGUGUCCGGGUUGUGAUUUUUGGAGUCUGAUCUGUCUGGGUUGUGAUUGGUGGGGUCUGAUGUGUCUGGGUUGUGAUUGGUGGGGUCUGAUGUGUCUGGGUUGUGAUUGGUGGGGUCUGAUGUGUUUCUCGCGAGCCGUCCAUCUGCUGGGACAGCCCUGCGACCUCCUAGAGGUCAGCCCUGACCCCUGACCCUCACCAUGGCGACUGGACCAGCCCUCUGAAGGUGGUAUCGACCCCUUAGACUCUACUCUCCAAACCUCUAAGGCUUAGUGGUUGGGAGAGUAAAAACAAAAAGAGUCUGCUUUUAUUUAUGGUUGUGUGUUUUUUAGUUCGUUAGUUUUUUUUUGUCUUUUGUUUUAUGGAACAUUUUGUGUAAGGCUGUUUACUUCAUGGCUUUGUAUGCUACCUACCUAAUAAACACGUACAGAAACUG